CGUCAGUAGUGAUAUAUAAACCAUUCACCUGCCUGCAGAGCUUCGUCACUCGAGGAUCACCCCACUGAAGACAGCCAAGAUGAAAGUCACUGACAUGACAUUCAAGGAGGGGCAGGAGUUUAAGAUCCGUGUAAAGCCUUCCGAUGACUGCAACUCCUUUUCCAUCAACAUCGGUCAUGAUGCUGAGAACAUCGGCAUGCACUUCAAUCCCCGUUUUGAUGCGGGCGGUGACACCAACACUAUUGUCUUUAACUCCAAGUCCGGGGGAGACUGGGGUGAAGAAUGCCGAGAGGGAAACUUCCCUUUUGUGCGUGGGGAGGAAUGCAAGUUUCACAUCAACCUCAACAUGGAAAGUUUUUACAUCAAGCUGCCUGACGGCUCCAUGCUCGACUUCCCUAACCGCUUGGGUGACAUCAAGUACAAGUACUUCAGCAUCGGCGGUGAUGCAAGAAUCGUGGGCAUCAAGAUUAAGUAGAGGUUCAACUCUCUGUUACCCUCGAUGCUUGACCUGUCCACAUUUUUUUGUUGCUGAUCUAGUCCUUUUUAUCAAAAUUAGCCCUAAAGAUAACCACAGAAAUGUAACAUGGAUUACUGAUAGUGUAUCAACAGCGAAUGGCCUGAAGAGAGAGCCAAAGCACAUUUUAUCUCAGUGUGUCUACUUGAAAUCACAUCAGUCUCUGGGUUUGUUAAUAAAUUCCGUGAAAAUACAA